CGUUCGAUUGGCGCCACUGUCAGCACCACAGAAUGGCGAGUGCUCCAGCAAGGAGGAAAGUUUCGUUUUCGAUUUGCAAAUAAAGUGUUUUUUGGUGCAACAAAGGAAGAAUUUCUUCACCCAUUUGAGUUUGAGUAGUUGAGUGGUUCUUUGAUGUGCACGCGGACCCUUUGGUGGUUUUCCUGACGUGUCCGUGAUUGCACUGUUAUCACUUUUACGUCACUAGUCGGCCACUCUAUCAGUGAAAUUUUAUGUUUUUUAUCAAAAUUCACGCGUCUUAUUGUUUAAAUAAUCAUCUUUAUCACACAUUCAUAGCGUACUAGCGACGGAACAAACGAAGAAGAUGAUGGUUGUUGUUGGUUUCAGUUAACCGGCUCGAUGAUAAGCUAAUACAGGAUGGACCUUUCAGUGGAUCAAGGGCCGGGCUUGCACCAACUCAGCAUUACAGUUGAGUGCGCCCACCUCCGCAACAACACCUUCCUCAAGCCCUCCCCAUACGUCGAGAUCAGCGUGGACGGUACCAAUCCGCGCAAGACCGAGACCGUCAAGAACACCUCCCAGCCCAAGUGGAACGAGACCUUCACCCUCCUCGUCACCGCCCAGUCCAAGAUCAACUUCGUCGUCUUCGACCGUAACAACUUCCGCAAGGACACGCCCGUCGGCGAGAAGAAGAUCGAGCUCCUCCAGCUACUCAGCCACUUCAACGGCCACUGCGAGAACCUGGAACUCACCCUCGACCUGAUGAACGAGAACAAGCAGAGCGAGUCGCCGGCGAAAGUCGGCGAGCUGAUCUGCGUGUUCCAGGGCCUCACCGUCGACAUGUCGCGCUUCCCCAAGCCGGGGCCCAGCGCGACGCCGCUGACACAGAGCAACGGCGCCGAGAGCGCGCCGCCGCCGCGCACCGUCCUCAACGGCGUGCGCGCCAAGGUGCGGGGGUCGGGCACGGAGAACGCGGCGCCGGAGCGGAGGCCGGCGCGGCCGUCGGCCUCGUCGCCGGCUUCGACUCCGGUGGCCAACGGGAUCGGCCCGCCGGCGACGGUGCCCAACGGCAACGUGGUGCAGAACGGAGAGGCGGAGGAGGGGCGGAGCGAGGAGCCGCUGCCGCCGGGCUGGGAGAUGCGGUUCGACACGUACGGAAGGCGCUAUUAUGUGGAUCACAACACGAGGUCGACGUCGUGGGAGAGGCCGCAGCCGCUUCCUUCUGGAUGGGAGAUGCGGAGGGAUCCGCGGGGGAGGGUGUACUAUGUGGAUCAUAACUCCAGGACGACGACGUGGCAAAGACCUAAUUCGGAGCGUCUGGAGCACUUCCAGCAAUGGCAAGGGCAGCGGCAGCAUAUCGUGCAGCAAGGAAACCAAAGAUUUUUGUACCCGCAGUUCCAGCCGGGGCCCUACCCGGGGACCUCGGUCGUCGUCGAGGACGACGACGACGGUUUGGGUUCGUUGCCGCCGGGCUGGGAGAAGCGCGUACAGCCUGAAGGUCGCGUGUAUUUCGUCAACCACAAGAACCGCACCACUCAGUGGGAGGACCCCCGCACGCAGGGCAGGGAACGCAUCGACGACGUGCCGUUGCCUGCAGGUUGGGAAAUUCGGUACACGGAAGAUGGCAAGAGGUAUUUCGUCGAUCAUAACACCAAAACCACCACGUUCGAGGAUCCGAGGCCUGGGGCCCCCAAGGGUCCGAAGGGAGUGUACGGAGUACCGAGGGCCUACGAGAGAUCGUUCAAGUGGAAAAUCAGUCAGUUCAGAUUUUUGUGUCAAAGCAACGCCCUCCCUAGCCACAUCAAGAUCCAGGUGACGCGCCAGACCCUCUUCGAAGACUCCUUCCACACGAUCAUGCGGCUGCCAGCGUACGAGCUGCGUCGGAGGCUCUACAUCAUCUUCAAAGGUGAAGAAGGCCUCGACUACGGCGGGGUCAGCCGCGAGUGGUUCUUCUUGGUCUCGCACGAAGCCCUCAACCCCAUGUACUGUCUGUUCGAGUACGCCAACAAGAACAACUACAGCCUCCAGAUAAACCCAGCGUCGUACGUCAACCCCGAACACCUGACGUACUUCAAGUUCAUAGGGAGGUUCAUCGCGAUGGCGUUGUACCACGGGAGGUUCAUUUAUUCCGGCUUCACGAUGCCCUUCUACAAACGAAUGUUGGGGAAGAAGCUCGUGAUGAAAGAUAUAGAAAGCAUCGACCCUGAGUUUUACAAUUCGCUGGUGUGGAUUAAGGAGAACAACAUCGACGAGUGCGGGUUGGAGUUGUAUUAUAGUGUAGAUUUCGAGAUUCUGGGACAAGUGGUGCAUCACGAGUUGAAGAAGAACGGUGAUAAGGAGAAAGUGACUGAGGAGAAUAAGGAGGAGUACUUGACGUUGAUGACGGAGUGGAGGAUGACGAGGGGGAUAGAGCAGCAGACGCAGGCGUUCUUGGAUGGUUUUAACGAGGUGGUGCCGAUCGAGUGGCUCAAGUACUUCGAUGAGAGGGAGUUGGAGUUGCUGCUUUGUGGGAUGCAAGAGAUCGACGUGGACGACUGGAAUAGACACACUAUUUAUAGGCACUACACGAGAAGCAGCAAGCCAGUAGUUUGGUUCUGGCAGUUUGUCCGUCAAUCUGACAACGAAAAACGGGCCCGUCUCCUGCAGUUCGUCACCGGCACUUGCCGAGUCCCCGUCGGGGGUUUCGCGGAGCUGAUGGGCUCCAACGGCCCCCAGAAGUUCUGCAUAGAGAAGGUGGGCAAGGAGUCCUGGCUGCCGCGCUCUCACACCUGCUUUAAUCGUUUAGAUCUACCGCCGUACAAAAGUUACGAACAGUUAGUCGAAAAGCUAACUUACGCCAUAGAAGAAACUGAUACUUUUGGUCAAGAGUAAAUAUUUUUUAUUGAGAUAUGACCGUACCUGAUUAUUACAAGUCUGGUUUGAGAUUUAGUUCGGGCCUCUUUUCCGUAUCGCUUGUACAGUUUUUGUCGGUUGAUUGUAUUUUAAUGUGAUAUGUAGAAAUAAUAUUGGCCUAUUUUCUAGCUUGUUACUAACAGAAAUACUUAAAUGUAAAUAUUUUUUCAAGAUGUGGGAGUGACUCCAUAUUUUUGGAUACGAUUAUUAUAAUGUUCGACAUUCCGAGCUAACGGCGAUCACUAGGUUUAUUUUCUUUUAUUUUAACCAAAGUAAACAACUCGAUCCGAUUUUGGAUGAUUUACUUUAAUUUACAUUAUAUCAAGUGUAGAAUAUUGUAAAGCGAGGAGCUGUAUGUACAUAAUGCGAAGCGAAUUAUUAAAUUAUUACAAAUAGGAAAA